AUGGAGGCAGAGGAAGGUCCAGGCUAUGCGGAUUUCGGCACACCCGGCGGACGCAGCGACCCACGGGACAUUCCGCGGUCCGGAAGGAGGUACCUGUCCUCUCUACCCGCAACCGCGGCGGCUAGCGCCGGUGCGCAGUACGGCAUGCUGCCGUCAUACUACGACGAGCUGGCGGAGGCGGCGGAGCCGCGGCACAGCGGCCUCGGUGCCGGCACCGCGCCUCCCUUCGGGGGCGGCGGGGGCGGGGGGAGCUCGUGGCCCAGCCACGGUUUGGGCGACGGUUUCGUAUCCGGCGGUCGCCACGUGUUGUACUGCGGAGCGGACAUCCCCCUGGAGCAGUUGAAGGCGGGCCAUUGGCAUCACGAGCAGCGGCCCCGAGGCUGCGACCCAUUGCAAGCCGCAGCUAGUAGCCCCCGAGCCGCACACGCGCACGCACACAGCCAACAGCAACAGCAGCAGAUGAUGAACCUUUAUGAGCCGGCGGGUGCUCUCACGUCGACGUCGCGUGGAGCUGUGUCGGGCCGGGGCGGGCAGGGCGCUGCCUCCAGGGAGCGCGAGAUGGAAGGUUUCCAGGGCGGCCAGCGACCCAUGGGUCAUGAAAGCGCGCCUUGGGCGCCGCCCUUCAUCCCUAGGGAGCGAGAACGGGCGGAGCCAGUGGGCGCCGAGAUCGUCGAAGAUGACGUCGUAGAGGUUGAGACCGACACGCCCGGCGGAUAUCACGUGGAAGCGACUGUACGGCACCCAGGUGGUUCUAACGACCCCGAGGAGUACGUGGUGGCUGCAACGGCCGUGAUGCCACCGACCCACGGGACGACAGGCGGCGGCGCGCCACCGUACUGA